CAGCUCAUCCCAUAAUAGUCUUCGACAGCACGAAGAUAAAUAUGGAGUCCUAAAAAUGAUGCUUCAAGUCGAUCAUGUAAAGGCUUAGUAGAAGCUCUAUUUCGCUAUUUUAAGGCUUUUAAAGCGCCCAAUUAUCAAGAAGAAGCGUCAAAAAAAGCUUUCGCCAAAAUGUCCACUCCAAAGUCAGAAUUCAUUGUGCAGGGAAAAUACAGACUCGUACGAAAAAUUGGCAGUGGAUCAUUUGGAGAUAUUUAUUUAUGCGUUCACACAGAAAAUGGAGAGGAAAAAGCAGUCAAGCUUGAAUCACAAAAAGCAAGGCAUCCUCAACUACUCUAUGAAUCAAAGCUUUACAAAAUCUUGGCUGGUGGGUCAGGAAUCCCUGCGAUAAGACAUUUCAGUCAAGAGAAUGACUAUAAUGUGCUAGUAAUGGACUUGCUAGGGCCAAGUUUGGAAGACUUGUUCAAUUUUUGUAAUAGAAAAUUCAACAUGAAGACUGUUCUUAUGCUGGCAGAUCAGAUGAUCGCACGCAUUGAAUAUGUCCAUAAUAAAAAUUUCAUUCACCGUGAUAUCAAGCCUGACAAUUUCCUCAUGGGAAUUGGCAGACAUUGUAACAAGCUCUACUUGAUAGAUUUUGGUCUCGCAAAGAAGUACAGAGACAGCAGGACAAAGCAGCAUAUUUCGUACAGAGAAGAUAAGAAUCUCACAGGAACUGCAAGAUAUGCCAGUAUAAAUGCCCACCUCGGCAUUGAGCAAUCCCGGAGAGAUGAUAUGGAGUCCUUAGGAUAUGUUCUGAUGUACUUCAACCGAAGUAAUUUACCUUGGCAAGGCCUUAAGGUAGAUAAGGCUGCCACAAAGAAACAGAAAUAUGAGAAGAUAAGCGAGAAAAAAAUGUCAACGCCUGUAGAGGUUUUAUGUAAGGGCUUCCCCGCUGAGUUCUCGAUGUAUCUCAACUACUGUAAAGGACUGCGGUUUGAAGAAGCUCCAGACUACAUGUAUCUACGCCAGCUCUUCCGCAUCCUAUUCCGCACACUUAACCAUCAAUAUGAUUAUAUCUUUGAUUGGACGACACUAAAGCAGAAGUCUGGUUGUCAAGGUGCAGUUCCCGGCACCGCAGUGGCCACGCCGGGUACAGCCCCCCAUACAGCGCAAUACAGAAGAGAAACAUCUAGGGCCAGGCGUGGCCGUUGACGUGAUCACCUUGUAAUGUGUGUAGAUGCUGAGCCAGAUACAUCAUUUACAUAUAAUGUCACCAUGCUGCUUAGCAUGUUCAGCAAGCCACGCCGUGUGAUGAGGUCUCUGCUCAGCAUUGAUGUCAAAACAGUCAGAAAGCUACGCCGUGUGAUGAGGUCUCUGCCCAGCAUUGAUGGCAAGAACAUUUAGCAAGCUACUCUGUGUGAUCCCAUUUCUGCUCAGCAUUGAUGUCAAGAACAGGGUAGCAAGCUACUCUCUGUGAUGACAUCUCUGCUAAGCAUUGAUGGCGAGAACUGGGUUGCAAGCUACUUCAUGUGAUGCCAUCUCUGCUCAACAUUGAUGGCAAGAACAGUCCGCAAGCUACUCCCUGUGAUGCCAUCUCUGCUCAGCAUUGAUGUCAAGAACAGGGUAGCAAGCUACUCCCUGUGAUGCCAUCUCUGCUCAGCAUUGAUGUCAAGAACAGGGUUGCAAGCUACUUCAUGUGAUGACAUCUCUGCUCAGCAUUGAUGUCAAGAACAGGGUUGCAAGCUACUUCAUGUGAUGACAUCUCUGCUCAUUAUUGAUAUCAGAAACAUGGUAGCGAGCUACUCCCUAUGAUGCCAUCUCUGCUCAGCAUUGAUGUCAAGAACAGGGUUGCAAGCUACUCCCUAUGAUGCCAUCUCUGCUCAGCAUUGAUGUCAAGAACAGUCAGCAUGCUAUUCCCUUUGAUGCCAUCUCUGCACAGCAUUGAUGUCAAGAAGAGGGUUGCAAGCUACUUCGUGUGAUUACAUCUCUGCUCCUCUAUCAUCCCAUUUUCUUCAUUCUAUGUGGCAGCCAAAUGUCGCAAGUCUACACAUGAACAGGUCUGCCUUUGAAUGGGUUCUAUGUUGCUGAAUUCCUCAUACUUUCAGUCUGUUUCAGCAAAGUCAUUUAUCACCUGGGGUAGUUAGUAUAAUGGUUUGUAAAUUUUAGAUUGAUGUUUUGUCGAAGUUUUUCAUCAUGGUGAUGAUGAUGAUUGAUAGUAGUGGUGAAAAGGAUGAUGGUGGGUAAUGAUGAUGGAAGUGGUAGUGACAAUGAUGGUGAUGGUGGCAGGAGUGAUGAUGACGACGACGACUGUGGUGGUGGUAGUAGUGGUGUUUGUGGUGAUGAUGGUGGCGAGGAUGACGGGUAAUGGUGAUAAAGAAUGAUGAAAAAUGAUAUUCUCCCAUUUUGGCCGAAUUUCUGAUGCAGCAAAAUGUAUUAAGUGUAUAUGACUUCACAAUCAUCAAUCUAAAGUUUAUACAACCGCACAUUGGUUUCUUUGUAUUAAGGUAACCUUUAGAGUAUUUGUCUCAUCGAAGUACUAUUUUUGCAGAAUAAUUUUAGAUAAGCCGUUAUUGAUAUUUGUCUUAAUGCUCCUUGUUAAGGCUGCAUUAAUACACGUACGGCAUACCUACUUCACAAACCAUACUGGUAUGGUUUUAAAAUCUCAUUUACCAACAUUUACAUCGUAGAUAUAACACUAUAGAUUUCACAUCCUGUAAUAAAGAGCUUAUCGACACGCUUAAUUUCUUACGCAGAUAACGUAACUUUUAUUUAAGAUAAGCACCACUUCAUUUUCGGCUUAACAUUAUUUUUAGUUUACAGCUUCUUUGCUACUCCCUUUCUGUUCAGCAUGAGUUCUAUCAUUGGUAGCUUGCUUGGAACCACUCCAUUUUCACACUUAAUGUCCUGUAAGAUCUCCUUUGGAGAGAAUUUUUAAUACCCUGUAGAAGGCUUAGACUUGUCAGAAUGCGUUGCCCUGUCAAGCUUGUAAUGCUGAAAUACCAGCUCCAAGAGCACCGGAUUCUUUGCUUUGUUUUUUGUGCAAAAUGAAUUUUUAUAAGAGCAAUUUGAAGAUUAGUCAUUAAAUAGUGAAAAGGGAACAAACAUUGUACAUAUUAUUCUAGUAGGCCUGGGGCGCUUCUCGGCUGAUAGGAAUUGGGUCAUGUACAAAACGUCAAUAACGUGUGUGCUUUUACAUUUCUUUUUGUCAUUUCACGACUUUUACUUGAGCCAGUUCUAAGGGACGCUCUAUUUUUUGUUUUUUUCAUUUGAGUUAUUGUUAUGUCCAUUGCCCAACUCACUUCAGUGUUACCUUAAAGCAUUGUUACAAAUGCUGACAUUGGGUUGCUUUAUUUUUCCAACAGACCGUGUCCAUAAAUCUUCUGCAAGUUAUGGACACAGCCUUUUGCUCUCUUUGUCGCCCUAGAAUUCUUGAUAACAUCAGUUAAAUAAAACUGUUAAACGAA